AUGCACCCUGAUGAGAAGGAAGCUGUCAUCGACGACCUCAUGGCCUUCCAGGAGAGCAAGGAAUACUAUGCCAAGGUCGGCAAGGCGUGGAAGCGCGGGUAUCUCCUUUACGGACCGCCCGGCACCGGCAAGUCUACCAUGAUCGCCGCCAUGGCCAACUUCCUCGACUAUGACGUCUACGACCUCGAGCUCACAGCGGUCAAGAACAACACCGAGUUGCGGAAGCUCUUCAUCGAGACAACGGGCAAGUCCAUCAUCGUCAUAGAGGACAUCGACUGCUCUGUCGACUUCACAGGAAAACGCCGCCAGGACAAGAAGGCCUCAAGCGACAAGGACUCCGACAACGAUGACAAGCCCAAGCUACCGAUAGAGCCAGAGAAGGACGAUGCCACCAAGGUGACGCUCUCGGGCCUGCUUAACUUCAUCGACGGGCUGUGGUCUGCUUGCGGAGGUGAGUGA